AAUAUUCUACUUAUUCAACUUCUAGUAGUACACCUAAUACUUUAGAUCAAGAUGACGAUGUUUCACCUGGAAUUAAACCUGAGGACAAACCGAUAACUAAGGCCAAAUGUAAGGUCGAAGGUUGUCAAACUCAAUAUGUAUGGCAUGGUUCAACAACUAAUAUGGUCAAUCACCUUCGCGAUAUUCAUCAUAUUACAAAAACAUCACUUGAACAUAGCUCAGUUGAAGAGCUUAAAAAAUCCUCUCAACAAACUAUAGAAAUCACUUUAUCAAAACCUUAUUCAGCAUCAAGACAACAAAAGCUUACACAGGAUAUUAUCAUAUUUUUUAUUUCGUGUACACUUCCCUUAUCUUUAAUAGAAAAUAAAAAUUUUCGUAUCUUUUUAAAUUCAUUUGACCCUCGAUACAAACCACUAUGUGUAAACACAAUUAAAAAUAAAAUUGUAAAUGAAACAAAUCAUACAGCUCAAAGUAUUAAAAAUGAAUUUCGCAUUUAUGAUCUUACAUUAGGCAUAAUUGAAAUGGGAGCGUAUAAAAAUGCUGAUGAUAUCAUUAAUACUAUCGAACCUAUGCUUGAAGAAUUUGGUCUAAAUAGAAGUAAAAUAUUAAGUAUAACCACAGAUAAUGUCUCUAAUGUCAAAUUAGCUGUUACAAGAUUAUCAGCAAGACUUUCAGUAUCAGACCCAAUUGUUAAUAUUUUUUGUGCUGCGCAUAUGUUGCAGUUAAGUGUUGAAGCAG